CAAACACAGGAGAGUGCUGUUUAUGUCCCAUCUGAAACCAAAGUGUGAAACCUUCAGGGUGAACAACCUGGAUGGUGAACAGGGCAGUGUUUCUCCUUAGUGGAUCAAAACCUUUAAAGACUCUAGUCAGGAGCUGAAUUACCCAUCAGCCCCCAGAGGGUCACCAGAGAUUGCCGGCAGCAGGUUGUUUCUCGUCCCAGCUUCAUCGGACCUGAUUGUGGCUCUGGUCCAGGUCCUGGAUUUCCACUUUCAUCUUCUUCAUUCAAGUCUCGUUCAGAGCGCGUGAGGAGGAGCGAGGAAGAGGAGGAGGAUGGACGGCGGGAAAACCGCGCUGCAGCAGUCCGCGCGGCAGAGCAUCCUCUCGUGCAGCGAGCCGAACUGCACGGCGCGCGCCGUGGACAUCCUGGCGCUGUCAGCGGCAUCCGUGUGGAGCGGUAACGGCACGGCGGUGGACGAGUACCGGCCCGUGGAGGCUGCUGCCUCGGCCGCCCCAACGGCGGCGAUGGUGCCCAAGGCCUCGUACCCCUUUCCCACCGUGGAUGUGCCCGUCCACGCCCACUACACCAUCGGCUCCGUCAUCCUUGCCAUUGGCAUCACCGGCAUGAUCGGGAACUUCCUGGUCUUAUACGCCUUUUGCAAGAGUCGCAGCCUGAGGACGCCAGCCAACAUGUUCAUCAUUAACUUGGCGAUCACAGACCUGCUGAUGUGUGUAACACAGACGCCAAUCUUCUUUAUCACCAGCAUGCACACGAGGUGGAUCUUCGGAGAGAAAGGUUGCGAGGUGUAUGCGUUCUGUGGCGCUCUCUUCGGGAUCUGCUCCAUGAUCACGCUGACAGUGAUCGCUGUGGACCGUUACUUUGUCAUCACACGACCUCUGACAUCCAUCGGCGUGUUGUCACGGAAACGGGCCCUCCUCAUCCUCAUGGCGGCCUGGGCCUACUCUCUGGCCUGGAGCCUGCCACCGUUCUUCGGCUGGAGUGCUUAUGUCCCGGAGGGCCUGAUGACUUCCUGUACGUGGGACUACAUGACCUUUACCCCGUCGGUGCGAGCAUACACCAUGCUGCUCUUCAUCUUCGUCUUCUUCCUGCCACUCUUCAUCAUCAUCUACUGCUACUUCUUCAUCUUCCGCGCCAUCCGCACCACCAACCAGGCUGUGGGGAAGAUGAACGGCAGCGUUCAUGGUCACGGCAGCACUCGUGACUCAGUGAAGAACUUCCACCGGCUGCAGAAUGAGUGGAAGAUGGCGAAGAUCGCUCUGAUCGUCAUCCUGCUCUAUGUCAUCUCCUGGUCACCGUACUCCAGUGUUGCUCUCACUGCCUUCGCUGGGUAUGCGGACAUGUUGACUCCCUACAUGAACUCUGUGCCCGCCAUCAUUGCCAAAGCCUCGGCUAUCCACAACCCCAUCAUCUACGCCAUCACACACCCCAAAUACAGGUUAGCAUUAGCCAAGUACAUCCCAUGUCUCGGCAUCUUGCUCUGUGUCCGUCAACGUGACCUCCGCUCCGCCAGCAGCAGCUUCAUGUCGACGCGUCGCUCUACUGUGACCAGCCAGACCUCUGACAUCAGCAGCCAGUUCAGGCGGCAGAGCAACGGCAAGUCCCGUCUCUCCUCUGCCUCCGACAGCGAAUCGUGUUUGACAGACACCGAGGCUGAUCUGUCCAGCAUGGGUUCCAGACCAGCCAGCCGCCAGGUCUCUUGUGACAUCAGCAGAGACACCGCUGAGCUCCCUGACUUCAAACCCUCCUCCAGCUUUAAGUCCAAGGUGAAGAGCCAUGACUCUGGCAUCUUCGAAAAGACGUCCUACGACACUGACGUCUCCAUGGCAGGAGUCAGUGAACGCAGCAGCAUCCCAAAUAGCGGUGAAUUUGCAGAGGGACACGGGAUCAGAGGUGCGCUCAGUCGAAUCCCGAGCAUCGUUGUUACCUCUGAGUCCAGCCCCUUCCUGCCCAUUGGACGAAAAGGUUCCUGCACCGCCCGCCCCAAGACCUCAAACAACAGCACGCCCCGCCCUCCCAGCUGAUCGCCCGCAGACCUUCGCCCAGCUCAUGUCCAGUCCGAUAUUUAGAAGCGUAGAGUUCAAACACAUGGACGCAGCUCAGAAACAUACAAAACCAAAAAAAUCAUUACCUUUGAAAUGUAUAAAUCUGAAUAAAUGAUCUGCAGUGUGUGCAGAGGGGGGCGAGGCCCACAACAGAGUGAGCAUAGUGGUGUCUUGUAAUGUAACAUUUAGUGGUUGAGAAGACAGAAUUACUCUGUAAAUGUCAAAGAACGGCUGUUGCCAUGGAUACUGUAGACUGGAACCAGAAUCAGCUGAUAUACAAAAGUACAGUCAUACAUUAUACUAACUUAAAAAAGUGUAUUUACAAUGCUGUAAAUGAUUGGUUAUUGUUUUAUUUAACCUGUAAAGCCCUAUUACUGGUAUUUUGGUAAUAUAAUAAGCCCUGCACACCCACACAGGUGUUUUUUAGUAAUUCUGGCUGAUUAGACCUCUGUGUAUAGGUAGUGUAGUACAAAGUCUCCAUAUAAGAACGCCUGCACUGUCCUGAGACGAGCUCUAAUCACGCAAAUGAAAUGAUAACACCUGUGUGUCUGUGUAUCCCUGUGCAGGACCUUUCACUUUGAAUUGUUCCUUAUUGUACUGAAGCCAAACAAGCAUCUGUUUUUUUUUAACCCAAAGAAGAUUUUCCUGUAGGCUACCUUAUUUCUUGUCCCUGAUUAGAUAAAUGCAAAUAGACAUAGGGUUCAAUAACAUCUCUUAUUGUUGUAUUUUUCUCUUCAGGCUAGUUCCUCUGAGACAGGUUAAGGUGCCUGAGCCCUUUAGAAAAUGUUUUGUUGUGUUUCAGAUGGACAUUUUCUUCAGCACUUUAUGCAAAUUUUCUAAAAGCCCUGUUUGUGUUAUUGUCGCCUGUUGCUAAUGAUUUAUUUAUCUGUGUUUUUCCAGCCCAGUCCUCUGCAGAGUCAUGCAACAGAUUAAAGUUGUUUAUGGUUCUCUAUGAGUAAGCUGAGAUACUAUAUAAAUUCCAAAUUCAAAAACCCAAGUUUCAAUUGGAAAACCAAAGGCCGUCCAAUUGACCGUCCGCUAACCCCCUCUCCAGAAUUGAAAAUAUAAGAGCAAAGUGUAAGGAAGGGAUGAACAAGUAUUUAUUUGAGCUGUAAUGCAUAGCAUGUUAAAUUAUUAGCAGUAAUAACCCAGUGUCACUACCAAGGCUAGGGGCAUUUAGUUAGCGUUACAAUAACGUUAGCGGCUCUGUCCUUUACUAUUAGAUUUGGUGAUGUUUCCACUCCAGCAAACCCAGCCAAUUCGUAAUCCAUGAUAGUCUUAUAUUUAACAAAAACACUGUCUUCAUCUUAAAGCCUUUUCUCUUGUGAAACAUACUGGUUAAAUAUACGAACAACAAUGCAUAAAUAUAUACUGUGUCUACCUUGUUCGUAUGUGUAAGCAAUCUGAUUCAACAUUUUUUCCGCUUCAUACUUACGCUAAGGAGUAGCAAGUGCUACACUGCAAUAAAAAACAAUGGUGUUUAUUUCCAUGUCUUUUACAUGGAGUUUUCCCUUGCACCUGUUAGCUUUAGCUUUAGUCUCCUUGCAUUAUAUGGAGCCAGCCAGUGCAUAUGAAGAUGUUUUUACAUGGUUCUUGUUUCAAACAUUAAAAACACCUUGUUUUGAACCAAUUCAUGGAGUUACCAUAAAUGAUCUACCUAGCUAUAGCUGAUCAAAUUUGCUCUCCUGCAUUUUAAAAUCAGAAUCAGAAUUUGUUUUAUUGCCAGGUAGGUUUUUACACAUACGGUCAAUUUGUCUUGGUGCAUUGUGCAUAAAAUAUACAAUUCACACAAAAAUAUACGAAUCAUACAAGAAAAAAAAUUCAAUUCAAUUCAAUGAAUCAAUGAAUGUGAAUUUUGGUCGUUAGUCUGCCAACUGAUAUCACCGUAAACUGAAAAUGCAAGUGAACAAAAGUAGCAACAGUCACUAAGGGGGUUAGCCAACAGUCAAAGUCUGUUAAACAAAGAAUGGAAAAUGUUAUAAAUGUCAAAACUGAACUUUUUUGCAAACAUUUACUCUAAAUGGAUUUGGAGAUUAUCUUUCAACCCAUAAAACCAAAUCUACAAGUAUACCAAAGGAUACCUGAAUAUUAUGGAAUCACAGCAGCAUUGUGUUUCAACUGCGUAGAGUUCAUCCAGCUGGCUGCUGACCUGUUCACUCUGUUCACUCUGCAGUGAAACAGAAAACUCUGCUUUCCAACAUUAAUGAACUGCUGGCUAGAGGAUGACAACACUAUCCAUACAUUUUAGAUAGCAGGAGAAAAGGACAAUAUCUAAUAAAAUCGACUUUUGAAGGAAGGUAACUAGAUUCAAACAUAAUGUUUAAAAGAACUGUGCGCUAUUUUGGAAAAUCAUUGCCAUCAUUCUUUAAAUAUUUUUCCACUUUUGAUGGAGCUAGGCUAGUAGUUCCCCUUUCCCGUCCACUAAUUUGAUAUCAAUUUUGGUUAAUGCCUGGAUAUGAUGACAAUCGAUAGGCUUUUCCAAAAUGUCAAUGUUUCGUUGAAUUAUUCAGAUAUUUCUCCUUAUCUCAGUAAUUCUGAGAGGUCUGUGGCCUGCAAAAGCACUUUUAUUAAGAAAGCAGAUAUUUUAAAUGUUUCUAGAGGUUUCCCUGCGUUCUGGUGUUGUUCCGUUUGUGUUUUUUCUUCUGGUUGUGAUUCUUUUGCUACUUUUCUUGAUUACAUAUUUAAAGUGUAGAUUUUCCUGAAGGACGUUGUUGUGGUAUGUGAUUGUACUGUUGUUGGUGUUAGUAAGGGGGGUGAAAAGGGACUUCAUUGUUGAUGGUAACACAGAGCUUGAUAAGCUGAUUUGAGCUGUCAGCCUGUGUGAAGAUGUAAUAUGUACAUUCCCCAAGAGUCUGUUUGAAUGUUUCUGUAAAAUAACACGAUUACUUAUGACUCAUGAAGUUUUCUGCUGGGAGAGAAACGUCAAUUCAACCAACUCAAAAGACCUGAAGCUAAUUUGAAGAAAACCAGAUUAAACUGAAAUGUUGGCUAAAACAGAAAGAAGCUCUAUAAACAGACUUGUUUGUCGACUUGAACAAAGCCGUUUGAGCUGUUAAACUGAACCGUUAGCUAGCCGUUUAGCUCCAAAUCACCACAGUCUUGUGGAAGAGGAAUGAAGCUAAAUCAUUAGCUAACCUCUGUCAAAGUGUUUGGGUGAACUGACCUUUAGCUAACAUUGAACCAUUAGCUAAGCAGAACUGAGCUGUUCAAAGGAGUUGUGGCUAAUGGCUAAAUUUGAGUCGUUAGCUAGCAUCAAGUUGUUGUAGGUGCAAAAAUGGGCUGUUAGCGAACACAUUGUUCAAUAGCUAAAUUAAAGCAUUAGCCUACCUAAUUGAUAGUUAAAGUCAAAGUAAAAUAAAAUCAUUAACAGCACCACAACAUAUUUAUCUGUUAAACCGAUCCAUUAGCCUAGCAGAACUAAGCUAAAUCAUUAGCUAACCUUUAUCAAAAUGUUUUAGGAGCUAAAUAAAGCUGAACAAAAGUUUUCUUGGUAAACUGACUGUUAAACUGAAACAAACUUUUUAAGCUGCUAAAUGACACCAUGUUAUCUGUGAUUAAAGGUCCAGUGUGUAGGAUUUAGUGGCAUAAAGCAGUGUAGAUUGCAACCCCCUAGCUUCACCCUCCCCUUAAAUGUUGGCCAUGAAACACACCAAAAAUGCAAACGGACCAAUCUAGCACCACUAAUUAGUCUGUUCUGUCUCUAAUCUGAGACAUGGCAUUUCAACACGGCGGACUCUAGAAGAGGACAUUUAGAAAUUUUUACAGUAGAUAAAAACUGCUUUAACAAACCUGCUUCAAUAUUUGGAGUUUAUAAUAGUUGUUAUAUUCACUCACAGGUCUUUAAGCUUUUAAACCUUCUUUCUGAGGCCUCCAUAGAAACCUCUACUGUAUGUCAGUGUCCCUGCUUUCCUAAUUCCUCCUAGCAUCCCAAUGCAGAAAGUACACUAUGAUGCAGUAAAUAACAGUUGAAUAUAAAGUAUUGAUACAGAAUAUAAAUGCAGGUUGUUGUUAUAAUAGUUAUUGUGUAUUAAAGUUUCUGUUCUGAAAGACUGAUGUUUGAAAACGGGGAAGACGAUUUAUUGUAGAUUUGUUACUCGUUUACUGUUUCUCUUAUUUAUUUUUUCUAAAUAAAUAUCUAUUAUUCACUGUAUUCAUUGUGAAACACCUAUAUAGGCCUAAUAUAGCAAAACACACAUGAUUUGCUGUUUUAUGGGCUGUUUAAUGGCGACUUGUCAAUUUUAAACUUUGUUUUUUGUACAGAUGAUAAUGAAUGAUGAUGAAUAAACAAGAUGUAUUGUGUUAUUCAAUAAGA